AUGACGUGCCGGCGGCUGGCGGCUGGCGCUGGUGGCGGCGGCUGCUGCUCGAAGCGGUUGCGAGGGGGGGGAGGUGGUCACGUGGUAGUGGCCCCGGCGGCGCGCAGCAUGCAGCGCCAGGCGCAGUGCGCAGAAACAGCCGCCCGGCGCUCGAGACGGUUGCUCGAGCGGCGAGCGCUGCACCCCAGGCGUUGCCGAGCCCGGACGAGCGCGCCGGUCCGGCUGCGACACGGCCGUGGGCGGUCGCGUCGCGUCGCGUCGCACGGUCGCGGGCCAAUGGGGGCAAUUUUGGCCGCUCGAGCGCGCUCGAGCCGCCGGCGCCGCAACACUCGGGGAAAAACCAUCUCGGCGAUCCGCCGAGGGGUUUCUCCGGGAGGCUGGGUGAGGGGCGCCCCCGCCGGUGGGUUUUUCCGACGUGCGCAGGGCGGUGCUGAGCGCGUAGCAAGGCGGCCCUGCGCCCACGUCAACCGUGACACAUGUCGGUGCGCACCUACAGACGCACUACGUACGUGCGUACGUGGGUGUGGGUCCCACGUGGCUGCUGCCGCGCGUUGGCGCCCGCCGCUGACGUGUUUGGCCCGCGUUUGGCCCACCGCCUGCGGCCCUCGAGAAGGCGCGGCUGACCCACCGUCCGCAGCCAUCCCGAGCCUGCCGCGAGCACGCUCGCGACGCGCCGGCCACGGCAGCGUCGGGUCUCGCAAAUCAUGUUGCGGACGCGGCUUGAACGGGGCCCGGGACCGGGUCACUCCGAACGGGCCCCGUGACUCGCACGUGCCUCCCCUAGAUUCUUAG